AUGUCAAUUGAUGAAAAACCAACUGCUCAAUUUAUUGAAGAUAUAAGUGAUAAUAGCAAUACUUCAAUUCAAAAUAAUCAAGAUGAAACAAAAUUUGAAGAUGAUGAUUUUAGUGAUUUAGAUGAAUCUAAAAUAUUAAGAAAAAUGGAUUGGAAUAUUUUACCAUUAGCUUCAGCUUUAUAUUUAUUAGCAUUUUUAGAUCGUGGUAAUAUUGGUAAUGCAAAAAUUGAAGGAUUAAUCGAGGAUCUUGAUCUUUCACCAGAUCAAUAUAAUUUAUGCCUUACAAUUUUUUUCAUAACUUAUUCAUUAUUUGAAGUUCCAUCAAAUAUGUUAUUUAAAAAAAUUGGUAAACCAAGAAUUUUUUUAGGUUCAAUAAUGAUUUCUUGGGGUAUUGUAAUGACAUUAAUGGGUAUUGUUCAAAAUUUUCAAGGUUUAUUUGCAACAAGAUUAUUCUUGGGUAUUACAGAAGCUGGUUUGUUCCCUGCUAUAAGUUUCCAAUUAAGUAUGUUUUAUUGUAAAGGUGAAAUGCAAUUAAGACAAGCAAUUUUUUAUGGUGCUGCUUCAGUUGCAGGUGCUUUCAGUGGGAUUUUAGCAUUUGGUAUUGCUCAUAUGAGUGGAGUUGGUGGUUAUAGAGGUUGGAGAUGGAUUUUCAUAUUGGAAGGAUUAUUAACAAUUGUUGUAGCAGCUAUUGCAUUAUUUACAUUUCCAGAUUUUCCAGAAAAGGUUAAAUUUUUAAAUGAAAGAGAGAAAAAAUUUGUCCUAUGGAGAUUAUCAAAUGAUAAUAAUACUGUUAAAGAUAACAAUGAAGAUUUACAAACUAGGAAACCAAAUUUUAAUAAAUUUAAUGAUUCAAAUGAUUAUAAUUUAUGGAAAAAUUUAAAAAUUGCAUUUAUGGAUUUUCAAAUUUAUUUACAUUUAUUAUUAUAUUAUGGAAUUAUUUCACCAACUUAUGGUAUAUCAUUAUUUUUACCAACUGUUGUUAAAGCAUUAGGUUAUAGUACAGCACAUGCUCAAUUAAUGACUGUACCAAUUUAUGUAACUGCAUCAAUAUCAUCAGUGAUUCAAGCUUUUUUCGCAGAUAAAUUAGGGAAAAGAUCACCAUUUAUAAUGAUUAAUCUUAUAUUAGUUAUUGUGGGUUUUACAAUGGCAAUCGUUGGAGAAGAAACAGGGAAACCAAAAGUUAUUUAUGGAGGUGUUUAUGUUGCCAUUUUAGGUUUAUAUAGUGCAUUUCCAGGUAUUUUAGCAUGGUUAUCAAAUAAUUUAGCAAAUUCCAAGAAGAGAGCAAUUGGUGUUGCAAUUCAUAUUGGGAUUGGAAAUUUUGGUGGUGCAUUUGCUUCAAAUUUUUAUAAAGGUACAAAUUAUACUCUUGGUCAUAGUCUUGAAUUAGGAUUUGCAAUUAUGGGAUUAAUUAGUUGUAGUUGUUUAAUUAUUUCAUAUAAUUAUAUCAAUAAAAAAAGAUUAAAAGAUUUGAAAAUGGGGAAAUUUGAUGAUUAUACAGAUGAAGGAUUUUUUAAAAUGGGUGAUAAAUCUCCACAUUAUGUAUAUAGAAUUUAA